AUGUCUGGAAUCACGAAAGUGAGAGCAAGCAGAGAAAAGUAGGCACGCUCCCACACUUGAAAAAGCGUUGGUCCUCUUUCCUUGAAACACUACUCUGUACUCCAUCCGAUCUCUUCACAAUAUAAACCAUUUGAAAAGAGGGUAUAUAUAUAUACAUAUCUCUCUCUCUCUCUGUUUUUCUUUUCUCUAAGAGAAUAAUACCCUAAUCUGACCUUUCACAUUGUUCGGGGAAUGGCUUGGGAUUUGAUUUUCUGGAUUCUCUGUUUCUUCAUCAACAUAGCUCUCUUCGCUUCAACCUUUUAUCAGUUGUUGUCGUUAUCGGAUCUUGAGGUUGAUCAUCUGAAUCCCUUCGAAGCAUCGAGCCGGAUUAAUGCGGUUGUUGUCCCGGAGUUUCUCUUGCAAGGACUGCUCUGCGCUCUGUUCCUGCUGACCUGGCAUUGGUUUAUGUUUCUAUUGUUUCUUCCCCUUACUGCUUAUCAUCUCAUGCUGUACUUGAAUCGGAAGCAUCUUAUCGAUGUCACUGAGGUUUUCAGAGAUAUUGACAAGGAGAAAAAAUAUCGAUAUGUCAAGCUGGGCAUUUAUUUAGUUCUCUUCACUUUAGUUUUGUUCAGAAUUCUUGCCGCGAGCAUAUUCUUUUUCCGUUCCAAAUUUGAAGAACUAGACCUUCGAUCCUCUCAUUUCUACUAGUAUUUUAGGAACCCUUUGGUUAGUCGUCUUGUCAUAAUAUAGCCUACACAUGUACUAUGUCACUCUGUUCUUGAAGUAGGUUGCCAUUUCACCUUAUGAUGCAUAUACAGUUUGGAUUCUUGUAAAUAUCGCAUGCAUGAGUAAGUUGGUGAAUUUACUGUUACAUUAUGCGAAGUAGCUUCUAAUUUCUCCAAAAUUUAAUGGUAAUCCAUCCAUUGUGAUAUCUGAUUUCAUUUGAUUUCUCAGGAAACUUUUGAUUGUUUAAGAUCCAUGAAUUUGAUUUUCGAAACUGAAAUUUUUCCAUAAAGCAAUUGUUAUUAAUAAAGUUAUGGCAUAUGUGCAAACAAACUUAUUUCAACAUGUAUGGAACAUCCAAUUUCCAUUAAGAGAUAUUAUGUGUCUUGGACUCAAAGUGUUUCUGGUCCUGACAUUUAGCACGUUAGCUAUACUUAAUGUAUCUUAUAAGUACUGAAAAGUAUUCAAACUUCAUGCAAGCAUCAUUUGUUUAUAUUUCUCUGAGGGAAAUUAUCAUCUGUACUACAAAAAUUAGUAGAAUUGAGUAGUUUCUUACGGUAAACUGCCAGUGGUGUAGAUCCAUGUGACCGAUUUCCUCUAGCUAGGACAAUGGCUAAAUUAACAAAAUGCAGGUGUUUCUGGACCCUAUCCAGAAACGUUGUUGAAAGAGAUGUUUAUGUAUGGUCACACUAAGGACAACUGAACUCUUCUUUUCAUUGGCUUGAAGAGAUUGUGGUUCUGUUUUUUGCUGCCUUAGGAUUUGAAAGAACAAAAAUUUAGGCUUUAGAUGACCCAGACCAUAAUUUGGUUGAGUUUCCUUGAACAAAUCCAAGAGCAGUGGCUGUGACUGUGUUAUAUGAGAAAAUGGUAAAAGUUAAGAAUAGUCAAAUGUGAAAUGAAUGAAAAAGAGACUGUUUUGAUAUCAUGUGAGUUUUAUGUGGAACCGUAAUGAACGUCAAGCAAUAUAAAUGUUGAUUUAAAACAAGCCAUGAAGUUUGGUUAAUUAUUGAUCAAGUCUGAUAGUGUUGGCUGUAUAUUUAUCUAUGCCAAUCAUCUCACUUAUUUGGGCAUAAUUCAAUAUGACUAAAAUAUCGAAGGAUGUUAUAGCUGAGAAAAGGUUUGUAUUUUAGAGAAAUAGAAUGUUUGAUGUUUAGGGCCUUUUGGCUUAAAGAGUUUUCUUUGUUAAUUAGUUUGAUUAUCUCUUUGUUUCUGCCUUAUUGAAGGAGCUCUCUCUCUCUCUCUCUCUCUCUCUCUCUCUGUGUGUUAUACAUGCU